UCCCUUUUCUGGGAAAACAACAAAGAUUUGGUGAACAAAUACACAGACAAGACAAAACGAUACAUGGGCCUGGGUGACACACUAAGUGGGUGGCUGGCAGACAACCUGCACUUCUGUGGAUCAGUCAUUGGGACAAGGAUUGACUACGACUCAUGUCCGACCACAGCAGAAUGUGAGCACAACGCCGAGGAGUCCUUCUGGAGAAUUGCUUCUGUAGCUUAUGCUAAACAGAGUUCCGGUGAAAUCCAGAUCCUGCUGAAUGGAUCCACACCAGGAGGUGCUUUCCCUAUGCCCAGCUUUUUAGCAGACUAUGAAAUUCCCAAUUUUCAAAAGGACAAAGUAACCAAAUUUAACAUCUGGGUGAUGGAUGACAUUGGAGGAGUUGAUGUAGACUCAUGUGGAAAGAACAGCACAGAGAUACUGGAGUCUAUCCUAACAUCAAUACAUUUUCCAUACAAGUGUGUCGACAAUUACAGACCGGUCAGGAUUUUGCAGUGCGUGGACUUCCCUGAUCACCCAGAUUGUACAUCAAAUAACAGGAGCGCCUUUACCACCUCAUCAUGGAUGAUGAUGACGACUCUCGCUUUCUUUACCUUGAUAAAUAAUCACGUCAAAAUGUUUAACAAUUAA